AUGGAGUAUAUAGUGUGCAACAAGUGCGGAUGCGCUCCGUCGAAACGUCAAUUCUUCAUAACGGCGUGUUCGCACGUGUGUUGCGAGCAAUGCCUGGCGCCCAAGUUCGACUUUUGCAGUUUGUGCAAAAUUCCGACAAAGGUGCUCAAAUUGGACGGAAAUUUGCCGAAAAAUGUUCGGAAAAUCUUUGGCGACACGACGGCGAUGGCGAACGACAUACACAGGCGGCUCGCCAAGAUAAUGGCGUUUCAGAAGGAGCAAAAGUGGGUGCAGUUGCGGAUUGAGAACAAAAAAGUGAGUUUUUGUCAGAAUAUCAAAUAAAAAAUCCCAUUUAAAAAAAGUGUGCAUAAAUUCAAGAAAUGUUCUCUGUUCUCACGUGAAAAAGCAAGAAUUAAACAGUUCUUUUCGGAAAAUCACUACAAAUACGAAUUCCAAGCUACUUCUUAAAAGUUUUCCCAUAAAUGUACCGUAAAAACACAAAUUUACCAACAGGCAGCACUUCGACGAGAGCAAAACGCGAAAAUGGAGCAGAAGAUGGUGGAGAUCGGCGGGCAAAUGGCAAAACUCGGCAAGUUCGAGGAGAGCACGCGGAAAAAGCUGAAAGACACCGAAACGGAAAUCGAUCGGCUCGAGAAAUUGUGAGUUUUUGACCGAUUUUCGAGAGAUUUUCACACCUCCAGACUGUUUCAGAUGCCGAAAAACCGAAGAGGAGUUGGCGAGUCCGCAGCCGACCAAAAAUGACGACGACUUCUUUCUGAAGGACACGCCCACGUCUUCCAGGUCCUCCGUCGCCUCCUCCGAUGUUAAUAAUAGCAGCAUUUUUGAAUAUGUAUGCACACUUUUGUUUUCUUCAGAUUACGAUGGAUGUUUUUUCGUUCUUAGAUCCGUGGGGAAUUUUUGAAUGUACGUUGGCCUCAAAAGCACAGAUUUUUAGAAUUCUUUCUCGAUUUUAUCGCCUUUAAAAAAAAUCAUUUUGACGGUGUGAAUCUAGAGAAAACAUGAUUUUUUUUCGAAAAAUUGAAUACAAUCGAUGAACAUCAAUUUGCUGCUGAAAAAAUCGUAAAAAUCUGCCUAAGUGAGCACGUAAAUUUGUUCAGCGUUACACUAUUCUUUUGCGAUUCUCGUCAUAAUUCUCUAUUUUUUAGGAUCUACUUGGCCUAAAAACACGUGUCGACUCACUGGACCGUCACUCGUCGACGUGCUCUUCCUCCCAUCCCGGAUCGCUUUUUUAG